AUGCGGAAGGAAUGCUACGAUGCCCGCCAGAAAGCUCUUGACCUCCUGAGACGCCAUUCGGACCCAGGUGUGGCUGACAACAGUAAUUUUAGGGCAGAAGGUGUGAUGACCCAUGAUACUCAAAUGGGGUCAAAUCCUACAAGCGCCAUGAUUGUUCCCCUGCCAAUGGAUGAGGAGAAUAUGGCCAAGCUUUUACCCUUCAACUCAAACGACAACAAACUCUACCAACUGGUUGACCAUACUGACACCAAGCAGAAGGUCCCAAACAUCAAGAGCCUGGAUUUCUCCAAAAAUGAGGAUGGUCAGGAGUUAUCCCCAUCUGUUGUCUGUGACACUGAAGAGCACAAGAAUUUACCAUUCUUCAAGGGGGAUGACUUUGGAUCAGAGACUGUGAAGAAUCUUAUCUUGAAAUUCCUGAAGCAGUACUACUGGAUCUAUGACUAUGGGGAUCGGCAGGGCCUCCUGGAUGCUUACCACAGUGAGGCCUGCUUCUCACUUUUCAUUCCCUUUAAUCCUCAAGACCCAGCUUCCAGCUUGGCCACGUACUUCAGGUACAGCAGGAAUAUGAAGACAUGCAAGGACCCCAACCUGAGGGCUCAUUUGCUGAAACACACAAAACAUGACAUUGUUGAUUUCCUAAGUGUGCUGCCUAGAACGCAGCAUGACCUCAGCUCCUUCCUGGUGGAUGUGUGUGUCCAGACGGAAAAGAUGCUCUGCUUUUCUGUCAAUGGGCUGUUCAAGGAGG